UUGAAAAAAAUUAGUUCCCCUAUAAAACCCUAAAUUCACCAGACUCGGUCCAAUUGCUUUCAUUCUCUGUCUUUCUCUCCCUCUCUAUCUCUUCUAUCCAUUCCCUAUAUAUAACUUCAAUAGUUCAAUUCCAUAAACACAGAGGCCUCAUUCAUUCUACUUCAUCCCCAAUUCACAACCCUCAUGUUUUGUUAAUUGAAGCUGAUGACAGUAAGUGGUUAUUUGGGGUUGUGUGUCAAAUUAGGCCCUGCUGAGUAAAUGAUUUGGUGUUUAAGGUGGAGACAAUGGCAUUGGUUACCCAUCAAAUGCAGGGUUCGUUUGUGACAUACCCCUCCAGGACAUUGUCAUGGAGCAAGGGGAUGAAGUUGAAGCGUUAUGUAACAACACUUCACAUGGUUGGGAGGACAGAGAGUUGCUCUAUCAUAAAGCACAAUAUUUGUUUGAGUGUAGGGGCGUCUCCCAUACGUGGACCAAAACUUAAUCCGUUGAGAGUUUUAGCCUUCAAGGGCAGUGCCCGGAAUGAUAAAUCUGGGGGUAGAAAAAGUGGGUCAAAGCUUCCCAAGAAUUCAGUCAAGCUAAAAGAGAAUGAGGAUACCACAGCAGGUUCUCCCCAGGCAAAUGAUAUCCCUCUUUCCUAUGCCUCUGAAGCAAACGAGAAUAUAACAUCUUCACCUGCCAUUCAUACUCUGUUUAAGAAAUGGUUGAGAAUGCUCCGAACUCAAUCAUCAGGUGAAGUAGUAGAUGGGAUUCUGGGAGAAGAACCUCCUCCAAAGGAGACAUCAGAAACUGAGCACCAAACUCAAGACGAGGAAAGAGAUGGUUUUCUAAGGACAAUUUGGUGCAAUUUUCUUAGUCUAAAUGCUGCAAUAAAGAUACCCUUGCUUAUCUUCAUCCCCUCGUACCUGGCUGUGAAUGUACUUUAUGGUGCUGAAGUUUCAAGGGAGUUAACUCCUUUAUGGAUUUUGGGACCUUUCAUUGCAGCUCUCUACGUCAAACUGUUUCAGUGGCUGUGUGCACUAUAUGUUUUUAGCUUCAAACAGACUGUUAGAGUAAUUACAAACUUGCCCACUUAUUACCUGACGGCAUAUAGAUACAUUUUUCAUGGGAAGCUUAAGGAGGAUAUGUAUGCUCGUUUCUGGCAACCUGUAGUUGACAUCAAGAAUUUAGAUUACAGGAAACUAUCCAGAAGAAAGAUGAAAGUAUUACAAGAGUUAUUAGUUGAGAAGUACCUCGAUUUUGUGGAAUCAAUAUGGCCAUAUUAUUGCAGAGCAAUCAGAUUCUUGAAAAGGGCUAAUCUCAUUUAGAAGAUGAGAAGUUCUUAGAUUAAUCGGCUGAAGUUGGAGUUGCUCCUGAUGAUGGUCGCAAAAGGUUCCGACACUUCCGAGUUUCUUUUGAGGAGCUUGCCAGUCCCAUUUUAGAUUGGGUUCCAUCUUGAUCUGUAGCUGGUCCACGAUCACGACUAGCGGAUUUGUCCGGGUUUGUGUAAUUUUUUGUAAGGCAGCAUUAGCAUUCUUAUUUUUGGAUGAGAUCCGUAUUAUUUUGUUCAUGUACUGUAUUCAGCUGCUGCGAAUGUUCUCUGAGGUUCCAUAUUGAGAAAGUAAUUUCCUCUUGAUGUCGUACUCGAACCUCUUUAUUGUGCCCAUUUGUGCCAUCAUACAUGUCUUUUG